AUGUACUCAAUCAGAAGCCUGCCCACCGUGGCUCAACGGGACCGUCGAGAGGAAGAUGGAGUGGAAGAUAUGACACAGUUAGAGGAGAUGCAUGAAGGGGCUGUUCUGCUGAACCUGAGGAAAAGAUCUGAGAGGGAGAUUAUUUAUACAUACAUUGGCAGCAUUCUGGUGUCUGUGAACCCCUACAAGAUGUACAACAUCUAUGGGACGGACAUGGUGCUGCUGUACAAGGGUCGUGCUCUGGGAGAGAACCCUCCACAUUUGUUUGCCAUAGCAAACGCUGCUUAUUCCAAAUUGAUGGAUGCCAAACACAACCAGGUCAUUAUAAUCAGUGGGGAGAGCGGUUCUGGGAAAACAGAGGCCACCAAAUUGGUCCUUCGCUACCUUGCAGCAAUACAUCACAAAUGCAAUCUUGCGCAACAGAUACUCGAGGCAGCUCCUCUCCUGGAAUCUUUUGGAAAUGCCAAAACUGUACGGAACGAUAAUUCCAGUCGCUUCGGGAAAUACAUAGAGGUCUUUCUGGAGGAUGGUGUGAUCAGCGGUGCCAUAACCUCUCAGUAUCUACUGGAAAAGUCCCGUAUUGUCUUCCAGGCCAAAGAUGAGAGAAACUAUCAUAUCUUCUACGAGAUGCUGGCAGGUCUUCCCUCGCAGCAGAGGCAGGCUUUCUAUCUACAGGAGGCGGAGACCUACUAUUACCUCAACCAGGGAGGGGAUUGUGGGAUAACAGGAAAGAAUGACGCAGAGGACUUCCUGCGUCUGCUCGCUGCCAUGGAGAUCCUUCACUUCGCCCCUGAGGACCAGUCGGCCAUCUUUAGAGUUCUUUCUUCCAUUCUGCACCUGGGCAACGUCUACUUUCAGAGAUAUGAGGCCGAUGGCCAGGAGGUGGCGUCAGUGGUCAGCGCUCAGGAGAUCAGAGUGGUGGCAGAGCUGCUGCAGAUUUCUCCAGAGGGACUGCAGAAAGCCAUCACCUACAAAGUCACAGAGACAAUGAGGGACAAGAUUUACACCCCACUGACUGUGGAAAGUGCUGUUGAUGCCAGAGAUGCUGUUGCCAAGAUCCUGUACUCGCUGCUCUUCCAUUGGUUAACAGAGAGGAUCAACGCUCAGGUGUAUCCCCGCCAACACACACUCUCCAUCUCCAUCCUGGACAUUUACGGAUUUGAGGAUCUGGCUUUCAACAGCUUUGAGCAGCUUUGCAUUAAUUAUGCAAACGAGUACCUGCAGUUCUUCUUCAACAGGAUUGUAUUCAGGGAAGAACAGGAGGAGUACAGCCGGGAACAGAUCCCCUGGCAGGACAUCCCAUUCAGUGACAACCAGCCCUGCAUUGACCUCAUCGCUGCUAAGCCUCAUGGGAUACUGAGGAUCCUGGACGACCAGUGCUGCUUCCCGCAGGCAACAGACCACACCUUCCUCCAAAAGUGUCACUAUCACCAUGGCAACAACCCACUGUAUAUGAAGCCAAAGAUGCCACACCCAGAGUUCACCAUCAAGCACUUUGCUGGCCGGGUCACCUACCAGGUUUACAAGUUCCUUGAUAAAAACUAUGACCAGGUCCGUCAGGAUGUUCUGGACUUGUUCAUUCAGAGCAAAAACAAGAUGGUGUCAAACCUCUUCCUGGUUCACGCAGAGGUCACGGGUCAGCAGAGAGGUCACAUGAGGAAGAGCAGCACAGUCACCAGGAAAUACCAAGCUCCCACCGUCAGCAACAAGUUCCAACAGUCGCUGCUGGAGCUGGUGGAGAAGAUGGAGAGGUGCAACCCUUUUUUUGUUCGCUGCAUCAAGCCAAAUAAUCUGAAGCAACCAGGUGUGUUUGAGGACGACCUGGUCAGCUGCCAGCUGAGACACUCAGGUGUCCUCGAGACCAUCAGGAUCCGUAGAGAGGGGUAUCCUGUCAGAAUGCCAUUCUACAUCUUCCUCUUCAGGUAUAAGUCCCUGGUGGGGAUACGAGAGCCUCCAGCAGCAAAUGGCGAGAACUGUGUGAUUAUGCUCAGCAAACUGUGUCUUCUCAGACCAGGAGCAUACCAUGUUGGGGUCACAAAGAUAUUUCUGAAGGAGGACAUCUACCAGUUGUUGGAGUGUAAAAGGGAGCGAGCCCGUCAACUUGCCGCUCUCACCCUGCAGCGUUACACCCGAAUGUUCUUUGUCAGGAAACGCUUUUUGGCCUUCCGCAAAAAGAUCAUCGCGCUGCAGGCACAGUGCCGAGGCUUCCUCACGAGGAAGCGCUAUGUGAAAAUGAGGGAGAGUCUCGUUCGGUUUCGCUCUCUCGUCCACAUGUAUGUCAACCGCAAACAAUACAUCAAGAUGAAGUUUGAAGCUAAGAGGAAAGUUGAAGAAGAGAGGAGGAGGAGAGAGAUGGAGCUGACAAAGAGGGAGGUGGUGAACGUCACACACUUGGUGAUCCCUGCAGAGCUGGGCGCAUUACUGCAGGCAGCAGGAGGUCUGAGGGAGUUGCACUCAGAUUGUUUGGCUCUGCUUCAAGCUCCUCACAUCCAGGAGGAGGCUCAGCUCACUCUGCCUCUAGACAUCAACAACUACCCGUUCUACCGCUACGUGCAGAUCUACUUCAGGGAGCCAAAGUUUGGGAUGUUGAUGUCUCCUCUGGAGUCACCUCUGACUCGUAUAGACGAGGACCUGAGAGGAGAAGCUUUGGAGCUCUUCAUCAUGGUGUUGCGGUUCAUGGGGGACCCUCACCUGAACGGGGCGCAGGAAAACAUGUUUGGGAAUUACAUCAUUCAAAGGGGCCUGUCAUCGCCAGGGUUACAGGACGAGAUCCUGGCUCAGGUCGUCAACCAGGUGUGGAGGAACGUAAACGUUGACAACGCUGAGAGAGGCUGGCUGCUGCUGCUGGCGUGUGUCUGCAGCUUUGCCCCGUCGCCAAAGAUGGACAAAUAUCUGCUGAAGUUUGUAUCUGACCACGCCCCUGCAGGUUGCCAAGCGUUGCUGCAACACAGACUCAUCCAGGCCAAUCAGAAGACACAGCUGGGCUCAGGCUCCACCCACGAGACUGCACGAACCUAUCCGCUGUCGCUGCUGGAGUGGACGGCCAAUAGGAAGAAGGCUAACAUGGUGUUGCACGUGCACAGUUUUGACGGAGGAUCAUUCCUGUGUCCGGUCCAUUCCUGGACCAGUGGGGAGGAUUUGGCUGGAGACAUACUGCGCCACAGGGGAGUGUCGGACUGGUGGAGGGGGAGUUCGGUUCUGAUGAAGGAGCAGGGCCAGUGGGUGGAGUUAGCUGGUCACGACUACGUGAUGGACCUGAUUGCAGAUCUGGAGCUUCCGACUGACUUCCCAAAACAGAAGAGCUACUUCGUCAUCAGCACUGACGACCCCACCAGAGUCCGAGCCAACGCCAGCCUUGCUUUGUUUGGCAGUGGGUUUGAGUCAGAUGAAGAGCUUCCCUCUGCCUUUCUUCUCCGUAACAGCAGACCGGCCUACAGUUUGCCCGACUCUGACGGUUAUUACAGCCACGUUGAGUCAGAUGCAUUCAGUGACGGUCAGACUCACAGAGGAAUGGACCGCUACCUGGACAGCCUGUUUGACCCUGUGCUGUCAGACAGCAGCAUCGACAUGGAAAAGACUGGAAGUUUGUCAGCGAGAAUGAAAGGAGGAGGUGGUAUCGGCAUCACAGGAGGAGGAAGAGGAGAGGGGGAGAGUCAGACGACCCCCAGCCGGCCUUAUCCACCAGGAAUACACCCCGGAGCUGUGCCAGUGCUUCCAGUAGCAGGAGGAAUGAUGCCACCCAUACCCGCCAUCCAGCAGACCUCAUCUGCAGUCACUCCUGCCACACGUGUAGCACCAACUCCGUCACACACUCGUGCCCCCGCUGCUGGAAGAGAUAAUGUAGCGUCCCAUGUCCCUGGUGACCCUGGUGUCCCCGGUCUGCCGGGGGCACCCUCGCUCCCUGCCACACCUGUGGUUCCAGGCUUACCUGUUAUGACAGGUGUGCCAGGUUCGGAGCACGCAGUACUGACUCAGCAGCAACAGGCCAUCAUCAACCAGCAAGCUAUCAUUCUGGCCCAGCAGAUGACAAUGCAGGCCAUUGCGAUCCAGCAGCAGAUGUUGUCCUCCUUCCCUCCCGUCGCCCCGGCGCCCCAGUCACCGCCCUCUCAGCAUCACACACACCUGCCACCACGCUCUCACACACCCAGCUCUACCAAAGAGAGUGAAGAGUCGCCGUACAAACCUGCUGCCGUUCAGCGGAAAUCAAGUCCAACACGUGGACCCCCUCCCGAGGACGUGGUCCGAUCCAGUACGAGUAACACGGAGCGCAUUGAUCCGAGCCACGACAUCAAAGACAUCAUCAAACAGCACCAACCGGCUGACUCAACAACUUCUACAGCCUCACAAAGGAAAGGUGAUGGAAAGAUGUUUGCGAAGAAGCCAGACCCGCACGAUGAAGCUAUGGAAAUCCUUAAAGAUCAGAUGGCAAACCCACCACAACCGACUCAAAGGAAGCCUCAGUCCUCGCUACGUAAAGAUGAGGGAGGACUUAAGGUUUCCAAGACGACCAAGUCUCGGCCUGCAGGGCACACUAGCUCCAACAUAAGCCCCGCCCCUCCUCCAGUCAAUAGAGACUUGCCAGUGGAGGAGGAGAUCAUUCAGACUCAGCUUCAUGGCAGGACCAGUGAUGAAUAUUACACGUACUCCAAUGUCCCCUGGAAACUCUACAUGAGGAAAGAGGUUUUCUAUCCUAAAGAGACCUUCAACAGUCCACUGGUUUUAGACUUGAUCUUCAGACAGGUUGUGCAUGACACCUUUUCUGAGGCUUGCAUCCGUAUCACGCAGGAGGAAAGGCAAAAGAUGAAAACUUUAUUUGCUGAGAACAAGGUGGAUCAGGUGUCAGGAACACACGAUGAGAACGUUAAGAAGAAAGUUGUUGCCAUGGCCAGAGACUUGUGGGAGAUUUACUUCUCCCGCCUCUUCCCAGCCUCUGGCAGUGUGGGGACAGGAGUGCAGGUGCUGUCUGUGUCUCAUAAAGGCAUCAAGCUGCUGAAGAUGGUGAGGAGUAGCUCUGCUGCCUCGGACUAUUUCAGAGUGCUGAGACCUUACAGCUACUCGGACAUCCUGUUUGUGUCGAUUCCAUCUAAAAACAUGCUGGAGUUCAACCUGAGUAACGAGAAGCUGAUCCUGUUCUCAGCCAAGGCCCCGCAGGUCAAACACAUGAUCGACUACUUCCUCACCGAGCUCAAGAAGGACUCGGAGUACAUGGUGGCAGUGAGGAACUACAUUACAGAAGACAGGUCUCUGCUCAGCUUCCACAAAGGAGACAUCAUAAGAGUGCAGCACAUGGAUGGGCUGGAGGCCGGCAAACAUUACGGCUGCAUAGUGAGGAAGAAAGUGAUGCUUCUGGAGGAGCUAAAGAGAGACACUCCUGAGUUUGGCUGGCGGUUCGGGGCUGUGUAUGGAAAAUCAGGAGCGUUUCCCAGCGAGUACGUCCGUCCUGUGGCUGCUCCGGACUUCCUUGUUCUCCCGGCUGAACGUGUGGAGCCUCGAGACAGACAGGGUCGAGUCGCUGCAUCUGCUGCUGUUGCCGUGGCGAUGGGUUCAGCUGUUGCUGCCCAUGAGCUUGACCUGUCCACAGAGGUUGUAAAUGAGAUUCAUGGGGAUAGUCUGGCCAUCGAACUGGACGAUCUGCCUCUGCACAGCAGUCAGUACCACAUGGCUGAGUUCGCCAAGAAGUACUUCAGAGAGGCACAGAGAAACAGAAGUGAUCAGAAAGCCAAAAAAGGGAAGGAAGGCAGGGAGCCUGUCGACAUGGUCAAAUUCUCCAAGUCUCCGAUCCAGGAGUCUCUGAUCGACUUUUCAGACAGUGGGAUGAACAGAGUGGCCGCUGACAUCUUCCUAGCCAUAAUGAAAUUCAUGGGAGACUUCCCACUGAAAGGUCAGACUGAACAGGACCUGGUCACCACAAUACUGAAGUUGAGUGGCGAGCACGGUCUGAUAAAGGAUGAAGCGUACUGCCAGGUCAUGAAGCAAGUCACCACCAACACCAGCUCCAAACCGGACAGUUGUCAGAGAGGAUGGAGGCUGUUGUACAUCCUCACAGCUUUUUAUCGCUGCUCUGAUGUCAUGAAGCCAUUUCUGUUAAAGUUCCUGCAGGACGCCUGCAACAGCCCUGGGAUGCAGUACCAAGGUAUUGCCAAGGCAUGUGAGCAGAACCUGCGAAGGACUUUUCAGUAUGGCGGACGUAUACAGUAUCCCAACAGCAUGGAGCUCAAAGCUAUGCUGGCUGGGCGGAGCUCUAAGAGACAGCUGUUCUUGCUGCCAGGUGGGAUCGAAAGACACUUGAAAAUCAAGACUUGCUCUGUUGCGUUGGACGUCAUCGAGGAGCUUUGCUAUGAGAUGGGACUGCACAGGGUAGAGGCUCUGGAUGAAUAUGCCAUCUUUCUGGUCACACACAAAGGUCAGAAUGUGCGUCCCCUGAACAAGCGCGAGUACAUCCUGGACAUCGCUACAGAGGCGGAGCCAGUGGACGCCAACUACAGUCUGUGGUUCAGGAGAGUCAUAUGGAGUCUGGCUCUCAAACUUGACAAUGAACUCUAUGUGACCAUGCACUAUAACCAGGUUUUGCCAGACUACCUGAAGGCCUUGCUGAGUGUGGUCCCUCAGGGUAAGGCCAGUGAUCAGCAUCUGCAGCAGAUCGCCAGACUGGCCGCCCUACAGCACCGUGCCAAGGACACCAUCUACCUGCCCACCCUCCGUGAGGUGCAGGAGUGUGUCCCCCCACAGUUCUACAGCAAACAGGGCUCCCAGCAUUGGCUGAACAUGGCAACUCAACACAUGCAGCAGGUCCAGCCUUUAAACCCACACCAGGCUCGUGCACAGUUCCUUGGUUUGGUCAGUGCCUUUCCCAUGUUCGGCUCCUCCUUCUUCUACAUUCAAAGCUCUAGCUCAGCCUCCAUCCACGCCCCGUGCAUCCUGGCCGUAAAUCUGAACGGACUGCACUUUCUGAACAAGGAUACACAUGAGGCCAUGGUGCGUUUCCCCCUGAAGGAGGUCCAGUCGACUCGCACCCAGAGACCAACUUCAGGCUCCAGUUAUCCAUAUGUGGAGAUCAUGAUAGGAGACCUGCUCAACCAGCGCAUCACACAGCUGCAGCUGGAGCAGGGCCUGGAGCUUUGCCGAGUCAUCGCUAUGCACAUGGAGAACAUGCUGUCAGUCAGAGAAAAGAGACUCACUUUGCCACCAAGUGAAAUCACCCUGCUAUAACACACACAAGCACAUGCACAUACAGAGA